AGCGAACGCAGUACAGUAUUGGCCAUUGGCUGCUGCAAAGUGCAAUCGAAUGUUUGGGGAUAGAAAUCGCACUUGUAUUAUACGAAUUUACAUUUAGUUGCUCUUUUUUUGUACACGAGUUAGUACGUUAGUUAUAUCGCGUAAGUGUGAAUAAUGAUAAUAAGAAUAAUAUAGUUUAAAUAGAACGAAGGAUUAUACUGUAUUUAUAUUGGCUUGCUAAUAUUUUUGAACAUGGCGAGAGCACUAAAUCAUCUUCUUCAGAGAAAGCACUUGAUCACCCAUAUGCCAAAUACAGCAUAUUGUCUUAGUAUUGUUCCCAGCAUUAAACACAGUGCUUGUUACUCGACAAAGAAAUCUGUGACCAAGGUCGACUGCAAUGAAACCAAUAAUCAGGUACAGAUCGGCACUGCGAAAGUAGUUAAAGAAAACCUGAAAUCUGCUGGAUACCUUGGUGUAAUAAUAGGUGGCAUAGGGAUUACGGCUUUGAUUUUAUAUACUCUAUUUUCAGAGCUGUUUUCCAGCAAAAGUCCAUAUGGUGUCUACAGCGAAGCUCGUGUUCGUUGCAUAGAACAUCCAAAGGUUAUGGAUGUUCUCGGAGCACCUGUAAAGGCUUAUGGAGAGGAAACUCGACGUGGACGUAGAAGACACAUUACUCACAUAUAUUACAUGAAGGAUGGCGUCAAGUACAUGAGAAUAAGAUUUUAUGUGCAAGGAACGAGAAGAAAGGGAACAGUGUAUGCAGAAGUGAAGGAGAACGCGUCUGGCAGUUACGAAUAUUCAUACUUGUACGUUACGGUGAAUCAUGUUGGAACGAUUGUGAUUGAGGACAACCAAAACACUGCUACAGCACGGCAAGAUCAUGAAUCCACACUAGGUUAUGACCUUGUAUUAGAUAGUCAUUAAGUGUAUAAUAUUACGUUGAUAUGUAAAUAACGUUGCUAAAUUGCAAUUUGAUAUAAAAUUUAAUUUUUAAAAUAAAAUAAAAUUUGAUAUAAAAAUUAA